UACAACAUGGUUCUCCUAAUUACCAUACAAUCCAUUCUCAUCGCAUUUGCCACAGCCCACACGUGGGCGCAGUUCUGCGACGACACCGCCUGCAAAGAUAAUUGCGGCACAUCAGUUAACAUCGAUGACCCUGGUUGUCUCACAAACGAAUUCAACCGACGCUCUAUCAAGUUCCACGGUGAAGGUUUUGACGGAGUUUACCUUGUGUUCUCUCCUGAUGAGAGCUGCAGCUGUCAGAACGACUGUCUGCAGCAC